AUGAAUUUUUCCCUGAGCUCAAGCUUUAAGGGUUCUGCAAACCCAUUGCUUUCCCAAAAAAAACCUACAAAACCACCACAAAUCAAUCCAAAGUUUAUUUCAGUUUCAUGUAGAGCUACUACGACGUUAUCGACAGGCGAAAAUGAGACCACAAACUUCUACAAAGUUCUUUCAUUGAGUUCAAAUAAUGCAAGUUUUGAUGAAGUAAAGAGAGCAUACAAAAGCAUGGCGCUUCAAUGUCACCCUGACAUUUGCCACGAUCCUUCAAGGAAGGCAGAAGCAACGAGGAUGUUUGUUCAGUUACACGCGGCUUACACGACGUUAUCAGAUCCUGUGUUACGAGAGAAGUAUGAUUGUGAAUUAGGGUUAAGAAAUUUUGGGAAGAUGAAGAAGAAUAGAAAUCUUCAAUGUUCUAUGAGAAAAGGAUGGCAAGAUCAAAUAGUUGAGUUAAAGAAAAGAUCUAGUUGUCGUAUGAAACAAAGACCUGGCUCAUGGGGCAGCAGAAUGAGGGCUCAAAAUAUGCAGCAUGAUUAA